AUGGAGGAGAACAGUGAAGACGGGCGCUGCGAAGCCCACCGCAUCGCCGACGCCAAAGUGAAACGCGAAGUCCGCAAAUCACAACUUCGCCCAAUACGCAACGCCGCCGCACAACCUGUCCCUACGUGUCCUCGAUGUCAGCGGACAUUCCGGGCACGAAUCAGACUUGUUGGACAUCUUCGAACCAACUGCACCUCUCGAACUGCUCCAGCCAUCGUCCCCGCGCCCGCCUCUUCCUCGUCCUCUCUUCCGCCAACUAACUCUGACACUCCUUCUGCACCACCACUUCCAUCCUCCUCCUUCUCCUCCACUGCCCCAACGGUGGCCGUUCAGGCUGCCGUCUCACACAUCGCCAACCACGACACAGCAACCGCAACCACCCCCACCUGCCCUCACUGCGACCGCACCUUCAUCUCACACAACGGCCUGGUCGGUCACUUGCGAAUCCAUCGCACAGAGACUGGUGAACCAGUGCCUGGAGCACCAACCUACACCCACCGCACUCGCCUCCACUGCCCACACUGCCCUCGCACCUUCACGCAUCGCAUGGGUCUAUUCGGCCACAUGCGCAUCUACAACGACCUGCGGUAG